GCAAAAACUUGGAGCACGGGCUGAAAAAAGCAGGACUUCUCUCAUUCGUGCGCGAGUUGGACGGCAACGAAAACGACUCCCUGGACAACUACCUUCGCGAUGCCAGCAUGUAUGCUAGAGUGGUCAUUCUGAGCGUCCGGGGGGCGCUGGUUAGGAAGUUCAUGCUGGCAGCGCACGCUCUGGGCAUGACCAAAGGGGACUGGAUCUUUUUGGACGUGGAAAUAUUCCAGGGCUCCUAUUGGGGCGACCACGACUGGAAGGCCGGCGACUCAGAAGACUACAAAGCGCGCAAGGCCUACGAGGCCCUGCUCAGAGUGUCCCUCUUGCAACCAACCAGCGACAAGUUCCAGGACUUUGCCGACAAGGUCAAGGAAAGGUCUCUUAGGGACUACAAUUACACGAUCAGCGAAGGGGAGGAGGUAAACUUCGUCAUUGGGGCUUUCUAUGAUGGCGUUUUCCUGCUGGGCAUGGCCCUUAACGAGACUCUAUGGGAAGGGGGCGACAUUAGGGACGGCAGCGACAUCACCCUUAAAAUGUGGAACCGGACUUUUUCAG